AUGCCCGCGAAGCUCGAGAAAAGGAAGAGGCGCGAGCCAGCGACUGGUAGUGUUGAUCCCAGAGCACGCCCUGUACCUGAGUCAGAUGACGAAGAUGAAGAUAGCCCUUCAAAGCGUCCCCUACUUUCGGAUGAUAGGCCUCUCACUGCCCGUGAAAUCCGCGAACUCCUGGGACACGUCACGGAUAUGAGAACUGCCUGGGAUUCCUUUCGCGGGAGGCUUGACUCUGUCGAGAAAGAGCAAAGCAAAACUGGCUUUGAAGUGGCCAACCUACAGUCUCGGACGCGUGUGUUGGAAAAGGAUCAGGGGCAACAGAAGCAGACGGUCCUCAACCAGGCCAAGGCUCUUGAAGACUUGACGUCUGAGGUCAACAACAUGAAAGUCAAGAUUGAUGAUCUCAGCUCCAGAUCGGCAUCUAGUGGUGGACAUGGACAUCCUGGACCUGGUGCAGCUCCUUUCGUUCCGAGUGGUGGCGAUCCUUGGGGUGAAUAUCUUCGCCAACGACAAGCUGUACAACCCACUGUCGCACCGAAAGAUACCACUCGUCCCCCUGGUGGUGGCUUGCCUGACGAUAAGGGUGACUUUCUUUCGGAGGAAGACAAGAAAACCUUGGUCUGGGGUGGUUGGCUCCAAGACACCAAGCGUUCAGUGAUUGAAGAGGAGUCCGGGGUGAUCCUGCAGAUGCCCGAGAUUCAGGCCCUGGUCGACACCGACAAGCUACAGAUCUUUGGCCCCAGACGCUCUGUCGGACUUCUUCGCUUCAAGGUCCGCGAGGGUGAGUCCUUUCAGGACACUAAGGGUCGUAUGUGGGAAGUUAUUCGUGCCUUAGCUCGGAUCAAACACACUUUGCCCAGCACGUCGGCUACGGGAGAAGACAAGACACUGUGGGCCUCCUUCGUGAAGACUAAGAAUGCUCGCGUUCGCAGUGCCCAUGUAAGCAUGAUUCGCAGGGUUGCCAUCUCGCUCGCCAAGGACAACCAGCCUGCCAACCAAGGGGUGAACACUUUGAUCGGUUCCUAUGAUUGCGAUUGGAAUCUAGGAACCGUAUGGUGCGGAAGUGAGAAACUCGGAAGCUCUACUCAUCGUCAGCCCAAGGACCAAGACGAGUGCGUGCUCCUCACCGGAGGCUGGGUGAAUGUUUCCGCGGUCGCGAGGAUUGCAGGGUGCUCUACGGAUGACUCCAAGAGUGCCUUUGAACGAAAGUGGGGUGAUUUCGUCCAGUCCGUGUGCAACACGCAGAUGGGGCAGAACGUGUUCCUGGAAGUUGGUUGGAACACACACGACAGUGAUGAGUUUCACUGGGCUCUGUUCAUUGCCACACCGGUGUCACGACGGCGAUUUAUCAAGCGGCUGCCCAAGAAUUUGCGAGACUUUGCCCACGACGAUACCGGCAUCUCCCUGCCCUUUGUGGCGCCGAUGCUAAUGAAGUUCCUGUUUGGGAUGUUCGUGAGGACGGCUUGCUUCGGAUCGGCACUUGCUGUAACAAUCUUGAGUCCUUCCUUCAUGGCAUGUUACAACAAGGAGUACAGCCAGUCGCGCCUCGUCCUUGUGAUCGCCACGUCCCUGCACGUCUGUCCUACAGUCAUUGAACCAGAUCGGAGACACAUCAUCGGAUCGGAUCAUGCGAUCGUCAUCGGUGAUGUCCUUGUUGCUGGUGGCCCUGUCAAAUCUGUCUGGGGCAAUGACUCCCGGGCUAGAUGGGUCUGCCGUGAUCUGCCUGAUGUCGAGAUUGUCGAUGAAGAUGACCUCAUUGACUUGGCAAAGAAGUGCUCAAAGCCUCGUGGCUCCCAGCAAUAUCGUGAUAGUGACGAGGUUAAGAAUGCAAUCCUUGCUGCUCGUGUCUCUGGCACACCUCGUGAUUGGAAAGCUGUGCACAAGCUUCGCCGUUCCCAUCAGAGAUCCUGGAUGCAGUCAAGGCUCACCAAGAUUCUCAAUGGCGACUGGGACCAAUACCGGCAACUUCAGAAUGAGCGCAAACGUCGACGAGGGUGGUGGGGCAACAUGCUGGCAGAGAACAGCUCGGUUGACCUCGCCGAGUCCAUCACGGAGCACCUCAAGAGCAAGAUGACCAGCAACACACGCACCGCUGAUGAGUGGGAGCACGAGCUUGCUAACAUCAUUCAUGACGCUGCAGAGGAUGACACCUUUGUCCCCUUCACCUUGUUAGAAGUCCGGGAGGAACUUAACGGGAUGAAAUGUCGCAGCGCCGUUGGACCUGAUGGUAUCGGAGUUCAUCUGCUUCGUGAAUGUGCUGAUCAUGAAAACAUUGGACCUCGUCUCUUGAGCCUCAUCAACCACAUCGUCGCAACUCGUGAAAUGCCUGCAAGCUGGGAACGCAGUUUCCUUGCACUCCUUGCGAAAUGCCGUCUCCCCAGCCAGCCAGGUGACCUCCGUCCUAUCUGUGUUUCGUCCGCCUUUCACAAGCUCGUGAACCGCCUUGUCUGUGCCAGAGCGUUGCCCUUGAUGAGAAGAGGGUCGAAGAUCAGCUGCUGCGGAAAAGGGCGGCAAGCUGCAGAUCUGAUUGGCAGCCUUUCGCGUCUUCGUGACGUUACAAAGGAGUGGUGCCACCCCCUUAUUCUGUGCAAGCUCGAUGUAGCUGGUGCAUUCGAUAGAGUCGAUCGAGCUAGCGUUGCUGAGCUGCUCCGCAAGAGACUUCGCUGUAAAGGGGUGAGCUUUGAACUACGAUAUCUUCUCGCUCAACUCGGGGUGCAUGAAAUUGUGGGAAAUGCUCCUGGCGGCAAACAGGUGCUGCUGCGACCCGACAAUGGGAUCAAGCAAGGUGCGCCCGAAAGUGCCGAGUUGUUCGGGUUGGUUGUUGACACCCUUCUCUCCGACCUUGUGCACUGCAAGCAGUGGGGUGACCUUGGAUCUCCGAUCGCUGAGCUUGACAUCGACCUUCUCUUCUACCAGGAUGACGUUUUCUUGGUCGAGACCCAAUUUGGUCGUCUGUGCAAGCGGAUCGGGGUGGUUGACCGUUGUCUUCGUCAAGCGGGGUUGACCCUUGCCAAAGAUAAGACAAAGAUUGUCGCCAAUGAGCACUACACCGGCCCUCGUCGUGCUGUCGUCGGCGCUGAUAUUUACGAGCUCGCAGCAAGGGGUGACAGUCUCAAAGUUCUUGGAGUUGCCUUUUCUCUGUCUCGGGAUGCGUCCGAGCAAGCGAAAGAAAUCAUUGGUCGUACCCGUGAUGCUGCUGCUGCUCACAAAGACAUCCUCUGUGCCCCAGGAGCCUGGACACACAAAGUGUCGAUCAUGCGCACGCUGGUUGAAUCCCAAUUUAGUUGGACUGCUGGCGCCCUUCACUGGAGUAAAGAUGACCUCCAUGCCCUUAAUGUACUCCAGCAACAUACUUGCAGAUCCGCUUUUGGACUGAAACGAGUUGCAUCUGAAAACUGGGUGCAAUGGAACCAGAGAACGAUGCGCUUUGUUCGAGUGUGGCUUCUGAACAAUCAUGUUCCACGAUGGUCGGAGCGGAUCUUGACGUUACAGCACACACUUCAUGGUCAUUGGGCACGGCGUACUGAAGUCGUGCGGGGUGUUCCUCGUGCCUGUGCGCCUAUGCGCGCUCUUCUCUGGCGGAACACGCAUUGGUGGCGCGCGCAACAAGAUCUUAGUCCCAGUGUUUCAAUGCGGCAUCCCUGUCAGUUUUAUGCCUCUUACCCAGAGUGCCAACUUUCGCAGAGCUGCGGCAACCUUUGGUAUGUCGCUGCCCAAGAUCGAGCAAACUGGUCUCAUGCCCGACGAAAAUACCUUGAAGAAUGGGAUGUGCGUUGGGCCAGUGGCCGUCAACUUACUAUUCGUUGCUGA